AUGCAACAUGAUCAUCAGUCCAGAAUCUUCUGUCCGUCCGCCCUCUCGACAUGGCAUGCUGAACAACAUUUUAUAACGACUGGUAUUUCAUCCGUGCCACCAAAUGAUGAUCAUCAUCCGGAAUGUAGUGAUUUUUUCAUUCAUGAUCCGAAUGCCUGUUGGUGUUCUGGAUGUAAAAGAAAAUUUGAAAUUGGUUCCGUAAUGUUAUUGUGUUUGAAUUGUCCUUUUGGAUUUCACAAGUCUUCGGAUGGAAUUUCUCAAAAUUCAAAGAAUAACCACAAUCACAAUUCGAAAGGAUAUAUUUUAUGUAACAAAUGCGGAAAGGAGUUUUCCAAGCAUCACCUAAAAAAAGGACAUUGUUUUGUGACCUUGAUCAACAGAAAAUUUAGCUAUGAGGCCCUUUUAGAGAGCGCUCGAUUCGAUACAUUAUCAAGUAAGAUCAGUGCAACAUGUAUAUCAAAGAAUGGUGUUCUAGUUGCGGAUGAUUUCUGUAAAAAAGUAGAGGCCUGUCAUGCCAAGGCAAAUUGUUGGCUCUUCACAAAACCAAAAGAAUUAUUUGCAGAAGACGAAAUUCAAAUUUAUAAUGAUAAUAUUAUACAUCGUAGGGUGACCUGUGAUGCAUGUGAAUGCACCAUUCACGGAACAAGAUAUUGUUGUUUGAAUUGUGCUGAUUUCGAUUUGUGCAGUAAUUGUAUGAAACAACAUUUACAAAAAUCAAGAAGAAGCAUAUCGAAUGGAAUGGACGCCUCCAUUCAUCCAUCCAAGACAUUCAUGGAUGAUCAGAACAAUUGUUCUAAUACCGAUACCACUACUACUUUUACGGAUACAACAUGUUCACACAAUCCAAAUCAUGUGUUUUUACAAACGUUACUUCCAUUAUUGAAUAGACCCAAACAGCUUUCUAAUUGUGUUUAUUUGGAUGAUCCGAGUGGACAUGACUCCUCUAGAGGAGUCGAUUUGAUUAGUAGCAUGACAAGUAGCAGCAUGACGUGGUACAGUGCUUCGCAAAGCAUGAUUUUAAAUAAUUUGAAUUUCCAUGAACAAGCACAGUCAUCAUCCAGAGCUGUCAAUUCACAACAGCCCACAACUCAAAAUCUUGUAUCCAAUACCUACAACACAUUCAUGUUACAAUCAUGUAACACUCAUGCUGGCUUGAAUAGCCACUUGAUUGAUCUAACGCAACAACACCCAAACGUAAUCAUCAUUCCGUACAAUGAGAACCUAUUUGACAUGCUCUACGAGAUUGAAUGUUUGAGCUUUUCCAAAGCCUACAAUAGGGAUUUAUUAUUUCAUAUUUUGGAUUUAUCACUUCACAAUUCUUUGGACAAACCGGUCGACUAUUUUUCAUGGGUUGCCUUAAUGAGGACCCCAACGACGAAUGAUGAUUCAACAAAAUCAUCAUCACAAUUUCAAAUGAAUUCCCAACACUACGUUGCAGGAUUUAUCAUGUACAAUAUUAAUAAGGAAAAGGAGAGAGCUGAAAUUUCUUCAUUUGCAGUACAUCCCUCCUUGAGAAAUCACGGAAUAGGGCGUGAAUUGCUCCGCUACUCGUUAGCUCAUAUUCUCAAGUAUGAGUGGUUAUGGUAUGGCCAGCAAAAUGAAAUGGUGCAUCAUGUCAUUGACAUUAAUGACAUGCAUGACUGUGAAGAUGAAGAAUUGCGAUAUUACACCAAUGAACCAAUUUCGCAUUCACACAGUCGAUUAAUGUGGAAACAUUCGUGUAGAUGGAUUCAACUGCAUGUCUCCUCUCUCAAUUUAGCAGCUCAAAAACUUUACACCAAAUUUGGUUUCAAAACCCACCAUUAUCAUGAUAAUUAUUAUUCCCAUUUUGGUGGUGACAAUAAGAAAAAGCGUCAGCAUUCAGAAAAAGAGCUCUAUCCGUCCGAUACUGGAGAUGGAGUGGUCAUGAUCCUCACUUUAGAGGACAAGGACCAUUUAUUCAAAUUGCAAUAA